CCAGGUUCGCUUCCGGGAUUGGAAACGCACGUUUUCUGCUUGUCACUGUUUGAUUCUCCAGAAACAACGAGCUGAUGGCGAAAGACAAGAAAAAUCCCCGCAAGGGACAAAAAUCCAUCUUUAAUGAGGGAGAAAAAACACAAACCAAGAAGAGAAAACACGUGGAAGUGGAGGAAGCUCCAGUUCAGAUUCCAUGUGUCACAAAUCCAGAAAACAAAACGAGCAAAAAGGACAAAAAACUCAAGAAGAAGAAAAAGACAAGAGAAGCUGACUGGGAUCCAGUUGAGCUUCCUGAGGAAGAUGGAGAUCCUGAAGGACCUUUGACCCCUGAAGAGAAACGAGUCCUGGAAAGGAAGCUGAAGAAAAUCCGGAAAAAGGAGGAGAAGAAGAAGCUGAAGGAAUCCGGACAGGCCGACGCAAAAACCGCAGAACCCGGUCCGAGCGCGACCCAGCAGGCCUUAGACUACCUCACACGCUGGGCGCAGAACCGUCCGGCCUGGAAGUUUCAGAAGAUCCGGCAGACCUGGUUACUGCAGCACAUGUACGACUCCGAGAAGGUUCCAGACGAUACAUUUGUGGUUCUGCUUCAGUAUUUGGAGGGAAUGUUUGGACGAGCGAAGGAAACGACGGUCCAGAAGGCCUUGGUUCUGGUGGAGGAGUCCGGGAAGGCGCCGCAGGACGUGUCUGUCCAGCAGAGGGCGCAGCGGGCCAGAGAAGUCAUCCAGCUCUUCUCCUGACCCUGAGGGACUCCUGCACUGAAACGAGGCAGGAAGAGACCGAACCAAGGCAGCAGGCCCCUCUACAGCAGGCCCCUCUUUAGGGGCCUGCUGCUUCCUGUAAAUAACAUCCAACAUGAUUUUCUGUGCUACUAAAACCCAAAAACAGAAACUCUUCCUCAUGUUUGCAACAUUUUGAAUCUCUGACUACUUUCCAAAAAGAUGAUUUGAGUCUUCCAGACGUUGUUUUCACGAUGAGGUGGACGAUUAAAAGCUGGAAAAGCAGGAAUGUUUAUGGUUGGGACGCGUUGGGACACGUCGGACCUGUAAACAAGUCCGACUGACACGACGCUGUAAAACUCGCUGCGUUAUUUUAACUCACCUCAACCACAACAAGCUGCUCAAACAACCUUUUAUAUACAACAUGUCAUCUGUUCUGAUCAGAAAUUUACACACAUUCAUAACAGAAAAGAAAGCCACUUUAUUGUAAUUUUUUUUUUUACAAAUUUUCUUAAACAUUGUUUCUCCCAUGAAGAAGAGUGAACAAACUCACUGCUUUAUUUUGAUUCUUUAAAAAAAAAAAAUCAAGUGUAAAUUUGUUGAAAAUGUUUUUUUUUUAUCAUAAUAGUUUUUAGUGCAGCAUGUUAUUAGGCAGUGGGGUAUGGAAAUCCAGAAGUGCCACAAAUAACUACUUUUAUACAUAUUCUAAUUUACUGAAUGAUUUAUCUGUUUUGAAAACAGAUUUACAUACUUAGCACAGCUAUAAGCGGCAUAUUUAUUUGAUGUUUCUUAUAAUAAAUCAUUUUCUUUUUUGCUAUGAA